GAUUUAAUCGCCCCUCCUACUACAUUUAUUUCCAAUUUCCCCUCCUCAACCAUCUUGCGCACCUCCUCCAAGCCUCGCACCUUCCACGCCCUCCCACUCCUCGACACCAUGCCCUGCACAGAACUCGCGCUUCUCCCCCUCACAUCCCCGCUUUCUCCGCGUCUCCUCCCCAAACUCCGCACUUGCAAACAGGUGCUCGAGACAGCGUCGGGUUACCCUUGUCACUUCUAUCAACAGGUGGAAAAUUCUUCGUAUAUGUAUAUUGUCGGGACCUGGGAGAGUCCGGGGCAUCAUGAGAGAUUCUUGCCCAGUGUGGAGAAUUUGGGACUUUUUGAUUUGUUGAGGGGGGAGGUGGUGCUGGGGGUGGGGAUUGGAGAGACGGUCGAGGGGAGGGGCAUUAGGAUGUGGCAUUUGGAAGGCGAUGCACUCAGUUCCUUCCGGACAGGAAUAGAUGAAGGAAUUGGAGAAGAAGACGCCAAGAAAAAAUCUCCCUUCAGUGCGCCCAUCAUAUCAUGUAACAGACAUUACAUAACAUCCCAUAAUAGGGAAGGGUUUAGUGAGAAGUUUGACGAGUUAAAACAUACGUUAGAAAACGAAACGGAAGAGUAUGAGAUCGAGGGAGGGUGGAGGAUAGAAAAGGAGGCAGAGGAUAAGGAGGAAUGGGUCAUGUUUUGUGGGUGGGAGAGUGUGGAGAAACAUAUGGCUUUUAGUAAGAAGGAUAGCUUUAAAGAGUGGAAAGGAAUCGUGGAUUGGGUGGAGGGGUUUGAGGUUAGGCACUUAAGGUUGAUUGAGGGGUUGUGAUUUGGGAGUUCUUGAAUGAGAAAUGAUGGAAAUGAUCUUUGAUUUUAGAGCAGAACGAGUUGAUUGGGCUGGAUGAUAGGAUGAUAGAGGGCGUUCAAAUGCCAGCCGCUCUCGAUCA